CCAGUCUUCUUGUUACAGACACUGAGAAAAAAAAUGGCGACUCUUAAAGUACCAGCUUGCGUUCCAUCUCCUGCUGAAGACUCUGAGCAGCUUAGGAAGGCUUUUGAAGGAUGGGGCACAAAUGAGGCACUGAUCACUUCCAUAUUGGCUCAUAGGAAUGCUGAUCAGAGAAGAUUAAUUCAGCAGACUUAUGCUGAAACUUAUGGGGAGGAUCUUCUCAAGUCACUGGAUAAAGAACUCUCAAGUGAUUUUGAGCGCGCUGUGAUGCUGUGGACACUGCAUCCUUCUGAGCGGGAUGCAGUUUUGGCUAAUGAGGCUACAAAGAGGUUCACUUCAAGCAAUUGGGUUCUCAUGGAAAUAGCUUGUUCUAGGUCUUCAUAUGAACUGCUCCAAGUAAAGCAGGCUUACCAUGCUAAAUUCAAGAAAUCCCUUGAAGAGGAUGUUGCAUUUCAUACAUCUGGAGACUUCCGUAAGCUUUUGGUGCCUCUUGUGAGUGCUUUCCGAUAUGAAGGAGAUGAAGUCAAUGUUACAGUGGCAAAAAGAGAGGCUAAGAUACUUCAUGAGAAAAUCAAGGACAAACACUACAAUGAUGAGGAACUCAUCAGGAUCUUCACUACCAGGAGUAAGGCACAGCUGAAUGCUACUUUCAAUCAGUACAACAAUGAGUUUGGAAAUGCCAUUACCAAGGAUUUGAAGGCUGAUCAAGAUGAUGAAUUCCUCAAAUUACUGAGAGCAACUGCCAAACUAUUGACCUUCCCUGAGAAAUACUUUGAGAAGCUUCUGCGUCUGUGUAUCAACAAGCUCGGAACAGAUGAAGGUGCCCUUACUAGAGUCAUCACCACCAGGGCAGAGGUCGACCUGCAUCGCAUUAAAGAAGAAUACCAGCGCAGAAACAGUGUUCCUUUGGACCGCGCAAUUGAGAAGGACACUUCUGGUGACUAUGAGAAGUUUCUUCUGGCACUGCUUGGACAGGGAGACUGUUGAGCGUCGUUCCUAUUCCCAGAAUAAUAAUUAUGAAGACAGUUCAUGUUAUUUGCCAUGGCUGGUCUUUGCUUCUUUUUUUGGACUGAGCUAGUCUUUGCUUGAAUUCAUCUUUUAUAUGGUUGUGUGGACUCUAUACUAUUUAUCUUGCUAGUCGGGCUACAGUAAGAUUAUGUAUCUGAGUUGGUGUUGUUUAUGGAGUUGCUUGGAGUUCUAUAUGUUAAUUUUCAAUUCUCCUCUUUUUCUUUCA